AUGACGGCUCUUGUUCCGCAGAAACCGUCGGCGCCUCGUGCAAACAGCUGCGCGCCGCGAAAGCACGUGGUGAUGCUCCCAACGCCCCCAAGGACAACAAGGUCAAGUUCAAGCCCAACCAUCCUCACAUUUACAGUGCCUUCGCCUGGCCACGGUGCAGAGUCCUCGCAGGUGGCGAUCGCUCUGCCAGACUUGCGCCGACGGGUUAGCUUCACAGAGGGCCCGGAGAUCAUCAGGUUUCUUCAAGACGAGACCUCUUUCGACAGAUUCGACCGGCCUCCCGCCUCGAGCGAGAAGGAUGUUCGCGAAGAACUGCAAGAGCCCGUCUCAUUGAAGUCUGCGCUGCCGCAUGCAUCGCACAUCGUCGAGGUCCAGCCAGAGCUCUCAGCGCCCGAAGCGCUCUCGUCUGGCCCCCUUCCUCCUCAACAUCUGCUUGACAGAUCAGGAGGGGGUCUUGCAGACCUCGUUGGAGACAGGCGUGCUGCCAUGCUCCGUAAGCUCCGCCUCAGCAUCUCAGACAGGCUCACGCCUGCUUAG